CGUCCUCUCUCUUCCUUAGCACCACCGAUUCACAAGUCAAAAGCCAGCUCUUAAGAGGCCAAACCCUGCUCCCUGCCGCUGGCCCCAUUUACACCACUCGAUCCAUCUCUUUUUCCAUGCUUACCCCACCUCUCAUCCAAAAGUUUCACUCUUUGUCUUAUUACCUUUUUGUUUCUCUCUGAGUUCAAUAUCCAUCCCAUCAUCAUCAGCUUUAUCAUUUCCAAGGGCUACAUGUUAAGAUAGAUGCAAGUUUUAUGUCGUUAUUAUGGUUCAAUGAUAUAUUGACUAGGGUCGAGUUUGUCUUUACACGAAUUGACCUCACUUAGGGUUAUCGCUAUAUAUAUACAGUAAUAAUGGAGAAAGAAGAAAACUACGCGGCAAAUUUUGUGGGGCCAGAUUAUUCUUUAGACCAUCAUCAGCAUCAUCAUCAACAUCAGCAGCCUCGGAUUGGUGAAUCUUGUGGUGAUAACAACAAUGGGAUGGUUGAUUAUAUGUUGAAUAAUCCUCAACAACACCAGCAUAUAUCAUCUUCAUCAGGGUUUUACACUACUCCAGCAUCUUUCGAUAAACUGAGCUUCGCUGAUGUGAUGCAGUUUGCAGAUUUCGGUCCUAAAUUAGCUUUAAACCAAACAAGGAUCCCUGAAGACGAGACUGGGAUCGAUCCUUCUGGUUAUUUCCUAAGGUUUCCUGUUUUAAACGACAAGUUAGAGGCUGAGUCUUUAAUGGUUCCUCCAUCUGGGAUUGAAAACGUUGAGGAAUUGGUGGAAGAUAAGCAUGGCGAAGAUGAAGCUAGGGUUUCUGAUAAUGCUGCGGCGCAACUUCGUUUCUUUGGAGAAGAUGAUGUUCAUAACAGAAACCCCAUAGCACCUACAGAUCCUGCUAAGAACAAGCGAAAGAGGCCAAGAACGAUCAAAACCAGUGAAGAAGUUGAAAGCCAGAGGAUGACUCACAUAGCUGUUGAAAGGAAUCGAAGGAAGCAAAUGAACGAGCAUCUUCGAGUGUUGAGAUCCCUCAUGCCUGGCUCUUACGUUCAAAGGGGAGAUCAAGCCUCCAUUAUUGGUGGAGCCAUAGAGUUUGUGAGAGAAUUAGAGCAACUCCUUCAAUGUCUAGAAUCUCAGAAAAGAAGAAGAUUGUAUGGAGAAGCUUCACGGCAGAUGGGAGAUACAUCAAUGGCGGCUAUUCAGCAGCAGCAGCAACAACAACAACAGCCGGUGUUUCCUCCGAUGUCUACUCUCCCGAACGAUCAAAUGAAGGUAAUGGAGUACGAAACCGGACUCCGCGAAGAAACGGCCGAAAACAAAUCAUGCUUGGCGGAUGUUGAAGUGAAGCUUUUAGGGUUUGAUGCAAUGAUCAAGAUCUUGUGUAGGAGAAGACCAGGCCAACUGGUUAAAACCAUAGCAGCUCUCGAAGAUUUGCAGCUCAAUAUCCUUCAUACCAACAUCACCACCAUUGAACAAACAGUUCUAUAUUCCUUCAACGUUAAGGUUACGAGUGAAUCUGGGUUCAGCGCUGAAGACAUUGCGAGCUCAGUUCAACAAAUAUUCAGUUUCAUUCAUGCAAAUAGCAGCAUGUAAUGUAAUGAAACCCAAGAAGAUAAGUUGAAGGGAAAUGAGUUCUCUGUUGGAUCUUUUCAAAUUUGAAUAACCUUUUUUUUCAACGGAUUUAUAUAUUAGAUUUGCAAUAGAAACAUGUAAAAUAGUUGUCAGCAAACUUUCAGCAUAAUUUACUACUUUUGAUAUUUAAUUUCCCUUGUAAAAGUAAAAUUAACUUUUAUAAUUAACAAGUCUUUUAUUUGAA